AUGAGGGUUCGUGACGGGGACGGCGGCGGCGAGGUGACCGCGCCGCCGCAGCACCUCGUGUUCGCCUACUACAUCACCGGCCACGGCUUCGGGCACGCCACCCGCGCCCUCGAGGUGGUGAGGCACCUGGUCGCCGCGGGGCACGACGUGCACGUGGUCACCGCCGCGCCCGAGUUCGUCUUCACCACCGAGAUCGCCUCCCCUAGCCUCCACAUCCGCAAGGUGCUGCUCGACUGCGGCGCCGUCCAGGCCGACGCCCUCACCGUCGACCGCCUCGCCUCGCUCGAGAAGGUUUUUUUUUACGGCCGUAGUGCCCGGGAGUCCAUCCUCAAGACCGAGGCGGAGUGGCUCAACUCUAUCAAGGCCGACCUAGUGGUUUCAGAUGUUGUACCCGUCGCGUGUAGGGCGGCUGCACAUGCUGGCAUUCGAUCCGUUUGCGUCACAAAUUUCAGCUGGGACUUUAUUUAUGCAGAGUAUGUGGUAGCAGCUGGGCAUCAUCAUCGCUCAAUUGUGUGGCAGAUAGCAGAGGAUUACUCGCAUUGUGAAUUCUUGCUCCGACUGCCUGGAUACUGCCCUAUGCCUGCUUUCUGUGAUGUUAUUGACGUUCCUUUGGUGGUCAGAAGAUUGCACAGAUCUAGAUAUGAGGUGAGAAAAGAAUUAGGAAUUGCAGAUGAUGUUAAGUUGGUAAUUUUCAACUUUGGAGGACAGCCUGCGGGAUGGGAACUGAAGAAAGAGUGGUUGCCUGACGGUUGGCUAUGUUUGGUAUGUGGUGCAUCUGAUACUCAAGAGCUUCCUCCAAAUUUCAUUAAGCUUGCAAAGGAUGCCUACACACCUGAUUUGAUGGCAGCAUCUGACUGCAUGCUUGGAAAAAUUGGAUAUGGCACUGUGAGUGAGGCUUUGGCUUACAAGCUGCCAUUUGUAUUUGUUCGAAGAGAUUAUUUCAAUGAAGAACCAUUUUUGCGGAAUAUGCUUGAGCAUUAUCAAUGUGGCAUUGAGAUGAUACGGAGGGAUUUACUUACUGGGCAUUGGAAACCUUAUCUUCAACGUGCUAUCACACUUCAACCCUGCUAUGAUGGUCCCAUAAAUGGUGGCGAGGUGGCUGCACAUAUCCUCCAAGAUACUGCUGUUGGGAAGAAGUAUAUUUCUGGAAAGUUGAGCGGAGCAAGACGGUUGCGUGAUGCCAUUGUGCUUGGCUAUCAACUACAAAGGGCUCCUGGGAGAGAUGUAGGAAUUCCUGACUGGUAUUCUCUCUCUGAGAAAGAAAUCAGUGUCCGCCCAAUGCCCACAUCUCAUGAUAUGAAUGGAAGUCCAGAGUCAUCGUUCGAGGACUUCGAGAUACUCCAUGGUGACAUGCAAGGCUUAACUGAUACCAUGUCCUUUUUGAAGAGUUUAUCAGGGCUUGUUGGAAAUGACUUAAGAAGCCCCGAGAAGCAAACUCGAGAGAGGGCUGCUGCUUCUGUGCUCUUUGACUGGGAGGAGGAAAUAUAUGUUGCAAGAGCUCCUGGGCGAUUAGACGUUAUGGGUGGUAUUGCAGAUUACUCUGGAAGUCUUGUACUGCAGAUGCCCAUCCGAGAGGCGUGCCAUGUUGCUGUUCAGAGAAGCGACCCUACCAAACAGAAGCAAUGGAAGCAUACACAGGCUAGACAACUAGCAAAUGGAGGAGCAGUACCAGUGUUACAAAUUGUAUCCUUUGGUUCUGAAUUAAGUAAUCGUGCACCUACAUUCGACAUGGACCUUUCUGAUUUUAUGGAUGGUGAGAAACCAAUGUCUUAUGAUAAAGCCAAAGAAUACUUUUCUCGGGACCCAUCACAAAAAUGGGCUGCCUAUGUUGCUGGAACUAUUUUUGUAUUGAUGACUGAGCUAGGAGUGCGCUUUACAGACAGCAUGAGCAUUUUGGUUUCUUCAUCUGUCCCUGAAGGCAAAGGUGUCUCCUCUUCUGCAUCAGUGGAGGUAGCUUCUAUGUCUGCUAUCGCUGCUGCCUAUGGUUUAAACAUUGCUCCAAGGGAUCUUGCUUUACUCUGUCAAAAGGUUGAGAAUCGUGUUGUCGGAGCUCCUUGUGGAGUAAUGGACCAAAUGACAUCUGCUUGUGGAGAAGCUAACAAACUCCUAGCAAUGGUUUGCCAGCCUGCAGAAGUGAAGGAGCUGGUUAGCAUUCCAACUCAUAUACGAUUUUGGGGUCUUGACUCUGGGAUACGUCAUAGUGUUGGUGGGACUGAUUAUGGGUCUGUAAGAGUAGGCACUUACAUGGGUCGCAAGAUGAUCAAGUGUGCUGCAUCUGACCUACUUUCAGAAUUGUUACCCUCAUGUACGUCUAUGCAAUCAGGCUACUCAAAUCCUGAUGAAUAUGAAGAACAUGGUGUAGACCUUCUGAAAUCUGAAGCAUCAAUGGAGUAUUUAUGCAACUUACCACCACAUAGAUAUGAAGCUGUUUACGCAAAAGACAUUCCAGAGACGAUAACUGGUGAUGUUUUUCUGGAGAAGUAUGGAGAUCAUAAUGAUGCGGUAACAGAAGUUGACCAAAAACGAUCUUACUGUGUCAAGGCUCCUACUAGACAUCCCAUAUAUGAGAAUUCCCGAGUUGAGGCCUUCAAAGCAUUGUUGACAGCAUCCAAAACAGACGAGCAACUUUCAGCCCUUGGAGAGCUUAUGUUCCAGUGCCACUACAGCUACAACGCUUGUGGGCUUGGUUCUGACGGUACAGACAGGCUAGUGAAUCUAGUACAAGAAAUCCGGCACAGGAAGACCUCGCGAACUGGAGGCCCCAGUCUAUUCGGCGCCAAGAUCACUGGCGGAGGGUCCGGUGGCUCAGUUUGUGUGAUUGGGAAGAACUGCCUGAAAAGCAGUGAAGAGAUACUUGAGAUCCAGAAGAGAUACAAAGCGGCUACUGGGUAUCUUCCGAUUGUCUUUGAGGGCUCGUCUCCAGGCGCCGGCAAGUUUGGGUACCUGAAGAUUCGACGUCGAUCCACGUCGCCAUCUAACUGA